AUGUCGAAGACAGCAGCUGCAAAGAAAGCUGCCCCACCCCCAGGAUGCACCAUCGACAUCAACGAUCCCAAAGUUCAAGAUGCAGCCAUUAAAAUCCAGGCCUCGUACCGAGGGCACAGGUCUCGUCAGGAGUUGAGGGAGAAGGGCCCUCCGAGGAUCCUUAAGGAAUUGAAGGAUGUGGUGUUGAUCGAGGGCAGUGCAGCGAGGCUGGAUUGCAGGGUCAGUGCCUUCCCUGACCCUCUCAUCCGCUGGUUUAAGAAUGGUCAGGAGCUGAAGGAUGGGCCCAAGUACCGCUACGUGUUUGAGGACCCUGAUGUGGUAGCAUUGGUGGUUAGGGACGGGACUCUGUCUGAUCUGGGAAAAUACACCAUCUCAAUCAGCAACACCUUUGGAGAAACCUUUGAUUCAGCAAAGAUCAUCAUCGAAGGUAAAGAGAUCCCACCAGAUCCCUCCAGGUUGUCAUAUGUGUGUUCCCAAAGCUCACUUCAGCCUCUUGUGUCUCGGCGAAUCACAUCUGAAAGCCCGUUGAACUUUUCCCACCCAGCUCCUUCCAUGAGCUGA